CGAACCACCAUUCGCCAUUUUCUGAGUAUUGAAGACUGGUAUAUAAGGGGAUGGAUUUCUCUAAAAGAUUUCUGUUUCUUUUGUUUUUUCGUUAUCAUACGAUAGAUUUCAUCAGAUUACAUUUUACUCCAGCUCACUUUUAAACUUAUCAUAAUCNACAAUGUCUGCUAACAGUUUCUACGGUUCAGGUUCCGACAAAGGCCAAUCAAACCAACAACAACAACAACAACAACAACCAAUUGGCGAAGGUCAAGAAGGCGAAAGAGGAUUCUUAGCUUCUGUCGCUGGUGCCGGUGCUGGAUACUAUGCUGGUGGUAAAGCCAAAGACUCCAAAUUAGCCAAAUUAGGUGGUGCUUUAAUCGGUGCUUACCUAGCGCAGGCCAAACCGGUGGCGGAUUCCACCUCCAUAAGUGAAGAGGAUGAAAUCUACUGUCUUGCAGAAUAUGUCACUUAUACCGAAGUGGUUGAUUGUAGCUGUGAAACUUGUACGACUGAUUAUUUUGAGUACACUACAGCUAUCGACUGUGAUAAAUUGACGGAUAUUUUCACCGACGGAGAACUCGACUACACAUUCACCGGAACCUCAACUAAUACCGACUUUCUCGAAGCCGGAUCUUUAUCCAGUUCUCAGACCGACUCUAUAACCUCAAGCUCAACUUCAUCAACUCCAACUCUAUCCGUAUCUGAUUCACCUGCUUCACCAGGCUCAGGAUCCACGAUACCAUCUGAAUCUGUGUCUUCAAGCUCAGACUCCACAAUUACUUCUAGCUCUAGUUCAUCUUCAAUUUCAGAAUCAGGAUCAUCUGCAUCAAUUUCAGAAUCAGGAUCAUCAGUAUCAAUUUCAGAAUC